AUGCGCGGGGAGCGGGAUGAGGAGACGCGCGGUGCCGGUGGUUCGUCGGCAAAAGUGCUGGCUCGUGAGGUGGGGCCAGGCGUCGUCAUUAGGGCCUCAACGAAGCAGCGGCGUCACUCAACCAGGUGUCUUCCCGACACCGCGGAGCUAACGGUGGGUUGUGCCAUGAGUGAGGUACUGCAUAGCGGCUCAAAUAGCCACCGCCCCACGUUGGAUGCUCAACUGUAUUUGCGACGCCGCGUUGCGGAAAUUGUGCAUCAAAUAGAGAGUGCCAGCAGUGCCCAUCACUUCUACCGUCACGUGGUGGAAAUAGACGAACUGCUGCGCUGCGAUGCACCGAUGGGGUUUACGCCAUCCAUGGUUGUCGCGGGGGUGCCGGAUAUUCUCUACAUGUUGGCCGACGCAGUGAAGCGGGGCUAUCUACUCUACCCCACGGAGGUGGACACCGGCACCGUGCGGGCACUUACCCCGCUGCGCCGCAGCACUGUCGCCCCGGCGUCGAUCGUGCCACCAGCAACUGCGGCGCCCUUGGCCGCCACCGCGCCUGCCGCCGUGGGCCCUCACACUGCACCGGCGGCAGAGCGGCGGGAGCGACCGGCGCGCCGCUCCUGCACGACCCCCAAAAACAGCGCACGAGCAAGAGUGAAGUGUGGCGCGGAUAGUAGCGAAACCGCCACCGCCGACUUGCUACCCUUCCUGCCGCCGCUGGUGCGCCGUCCCGUGCCACCGCCAUCAACGGCGGUGGCGCCAGGCAAGAACGAGGAUGAGGCCGGCCCUUCUGCGGGAGCAGACGCCCGCCGUCGCAUCACAGCACGGGUGCAGCCACAAUACAACAUGGCCGGUGGGGUGUCGACGGGGAAGGCGCGAAUGGGCGAAAAGUCGUUGCGGCCACGCAAGCAUGGAGCAACGAAGGGGAACGCCUCUCCAGAAACUGAUUCCGUGCGUGCUGCAGAGCCUCAGCCUCGCUUGGGUGCGGCAUUGGACAAACAGCAGCAGCAACAACAACAACAACCACAACUAAUGAUGCGGAGUGAAGAGGAGAGGCAUGAUACGUCUCCAACUCCGCCGGCACCGAUGCUCCGCGAUCUUCCGUCGGCGCUGCAGGCUCUGUUGUAUCACUGUGCGCUUCCACUCGUUUGCCUGACACUGGAAGACCAACACCAGCGCACCACUGCGGUUCGCCUCUUGGCGUCCGCGAUGGCCUCCAUCCUGCGUGUCACGUCAGACUCUGUCCAGCUGAAACCCAUGCACGGCAUCGCAGCUGAAGCGGGUGCUGCCUGCAGCAACGGCGAUGUUGUUUGCAGCGAGGAGAAUGAAGUGGAACGGGAUGCGUCAGCGCCGCCGUUCAAUGAGAUUUUGUGCCGCAUUCGUCACGCUGCACUCGUCUCGCUCAAUGUCCUCAUGACGCACAUUGACGCGGAGGAACUGACGUGUGUGAACCGGCACUUCGCGUCACGCGAUAAAAGGAAGUACGAGGAGGCUGCUGUCGCGACGUUACCGCGCGUCUUGCCAUGGAAGGAGCGAAAGCAAGCGGAUGUCGUGCACGAGCAGGUGGACGAGGGCCAAGUGCCCGUGACGAAUUUACCGCCGUCAGCGUCUGGAGCGCGAAUGGGCCACGUAUUGCGCCUAGCCGACUCUUGCUUCGGUGCGCCGCGGACCUCGCCGCGCGAAGCACGCCGUCAGCGUACAGUGCCGUUGAGCAUUUAUAAUGGCGCUGUCGCCGUGGAUGUUUUUCGGCCCCUCAUAGAGCGCUGGACGACCAUCCUGCGUAACGGUGUGGCGGCGAAUGCCUUGCUUGAUUCCUCGCGUCAGUUAUUCCGGCACCCGGCCCUCGUGCAAGCGGGCGUGCUGGAACAAGGGGAGGACGAAAACGCUGCCACGGCGGUGACCCUGACGAUGGAGCCUGAGGCUGACAUCGGCCCCUCUACCAAGAGGCGAAAGGAGAGUCCGUGCGUUUUCGUCUCUAAAACACGCAUGGAGGAGGACGACGCUGAGGAGAUUUACUUGCUGCUGCGGGUUUGCCUACACCUCUCCACGUACAAGCAGCAUGCGCGUUGCCUCAUCGCGCCUGACGACAGCUCGGACGCAGCGUGCGCCAGUCUCCCCGUCCUCCUCUGCCUAACGAUGGCCCGGUGUGCGGAGGGGGACAAGUGCCUCGCGUUGUGUGUAGAGUGCCUUUGGAACCUUUUGGAGGUGGCGCCGGAGGAGACAGUCACGGCUAUUUUGCGGCACAGUGUGCAGCCUGCCGAGCCGGCACACUAUGAAAAGGGGCGACCACUUUCGUCCUUGUCAGCCAGUGAGUCCCUGCUGUACUGCUUUCUUCAGGUUUUACUCACGGGACAUCGACUGCGUCAGCGAGAGUUGCGCAACGACAUGGUGGUGCUGUUUAUGCUGAUUCUAAAAAGUGGCACGGCGAUGCUCCGCAGGCGACAAGCGGCACUGCAGCACUCCGCGGAAGCCGCGGCGUACACACCACUGCCGCCAGUAGCGAUUCACGCCAUCAACGUUCUCGCGGCAACUGUCUUCGAUAUGGUGUGUGGUCCGGAGUUGCGUGAGUACGGGCGGACGGCCCAAAUGACACGACGACCCGUGGAGACGUUUCUGCGUUACCACACUGUACUGUCACCCACAACACGUGUAGAAAAUGUACAGUUUAAGCUACUUGGAUGGCGCAUGUUAGAAGCCUUUUAUGAGUGGCAAAACGCCCGUCUAGUGGUGGAGCACCUUUCCCGCGACCACGGGCCUACGGCCAGCGAUGGAGCCCCUGUCGACAGUGUUGAUGAUCACUGCGCCGGCUACGAACACGCAGACGAGGACAACGCAUUAAUCUUCGAUUUGUGUCGUCAUGGCUUCAUACACGCCCUGUUGCUCUACGUGGACACAAUGUGCAGCGAGGAGCCUGUAGUGGCAUGGUCGCGUGAGGAGCUGUUGACGUUGCAGGAGGAGGCCUGGUAUGUUCUUCUAGGGCUGAUGGACUCCGCCGUGGCGGCAGCGGCGGCCUCCGCCCCGCUCCAAGCGGACACGGGCAGGAGCGAAGCGUCGGCGCUGGCACUCUCCGAUGCCGCCACAAGCAGCACGUCCGACGAAAACGUCAUGGCGCUGCUGCCGCUGGUGAAGGCGGACACCCAAUUUGUUGCCGCCGGCGGCAUUUUGUGCGCCGUGCGUUACAUCCGUGAGGUCACCACGAGGGAUGCGGAGGCGUUGGUGUCUCUUGCGGUGUGCGUGCUUUCCGUGUUGAGUCGCUGCCCGGCACACCGGCCUGAGCUCCUCACCGCGACCAUGUCGACUUCGCCAUCGAUGCCGUCGGUUACCGAAAGUGUCCCUUUGCUUCUGGUGGUUGUGACGCGCUUUAUUCAGGGUUUCCUGCAGCAAGGGUCGCGGACGGCGGCGUUGCCGUCUUUGCUUGCGUCAUCGAAGCCCUUGGAGCCCCCCAAGGGCUCGCGGCCAUCCAGCCACACCUCCCACUCAGACACCAUUCCGUCGACGCUAAGCGGCGUUGGUGACGGUCGACUAUUUAUGCGGAGUAAGGCCACGGCGGAUGAUCCGCUUCGCUGUGCUGGGGCGGCGAUGGAGACGCUCCCCACCGCCGUGGAAUUCAACUUCGCCCCGGAAGGUAACCGGAGUGAAAAAGCAUACUUUACGGCAGGUGAAGUGGAAGUCGUUAUCCACUGUCUCCUGCUGCUGAAGAACAUUGUUGGAGGGGACCCCGCGGAUGCCGUGACGACGCAACGGGCCUUUCUCUCGUUGGGUGGUGUGCCGCUUCUCCUCGCACUGGCGCGAAUUUCAUCGGCGGCGUUGCUCUCAACUUCCCCUCCUCCCUCCAAGGUGGAUGGGGGCCGAAAUGAGCUGCUCUUGGUCGUGCUUGACUGCUUUCGCACCUUCAUCCUUGGCAAUGCGGUGGCGCAGGCGCAAUUUGUGCAGGGGGACGGCGUUCACGUGCUGCUCUCCAUGAUUGCCGCCCUCGUGGGUUGCUGGCAGCGUGCUGCUCCGAGGGACGCUGAGGCGAUCACCGCCGGCGAUAGCUCGCCGCUUGCCCCAGCGCUAACCUUUCUCGCCGACGUCCUGCAUGAAUGUGAAGAGGCGCGGGAGGCAUUUCUGCAAUGGUCCACGAACGACCUGCCGAAGUCACGUGACACGGAGGAUGACGACUGCACGAGCGCGACGCAGCUGCUGCUGUCCCUUUGGGGAGAGGAGGCGGCUGCGGGGCACUUGGAGCACACUACCGCGACCGCCUUGCCGCAGAGAGCAACGGCUCGGGAAGCCGCCACUGAGGACGACGACGACGCAGCCGACGUGCACAGUGCGGGAGAAGGCGCCGUGGCGGAGGCGCAGGUGGCGAGAAAGAAGGAAAUGCGGGUGUCGAAAGCCUCAACAGAGCCCAACACAGCGGACGGGGGCGGCUGUCCGGGCAACGUUAGCGCAACUAGUGGUGGCUGCGCCAAACCUUCGGAGACGCCGCUCCUCCAUCCCGAGCGCUGGGGUCUGGGCCUCCUUGGAAUCCAUGACCGCAAGUCUCUCAAGGAAGAACUCGAGAAUCGCUACAACGAGCUGCAGCACACCAAUGCAGAGGAAGUUGAGGGCGGGGCCGCACCCGAUGCGACGACGCGGCGGGCGCGGCGGCGGUUAGCGGCAUCCCUGCACAGCGUGCUUGGGAUGCGCGCAAAGGUCUACGCGUGCUUCGCCGCCGUUGGCUUCAGUCGUCUUGUCAACGUAAAAACGAGCGCCGCAGAACGAGUGAAGCUUUUGCAUGCUGCCGCUUUGCCAUCCUUGUGCGAAGACGAAGUAUGGGCCGCCAUGGCCGAGGCAGUAGACUUGCACGACCAGGCCGUAGUAGUUCCUCCGCAUGGAGCUGGCAAGGAACAGGCUGCUGCUGGUGAAGCUGAAGACGCCUCGAGAGCCCCGUUCAUUGUGGAUCCUAUUAUCCCAGAUGCCGACCAGCUGGUGCAGGUGUUGCUCGACGUGGAGGCACGUACGACAGAGCUGCAGGGUCUUUCACAGCUGUGUCUCGACAUGCGCGCUGCGCACAGGGACGAGGCGACGCAGCGUUUUCUGCUCUCACGACUGCGGCAAGGCACGGAGGACGGCAAUGUCUUGGCUCUUGUGCGGCGCGCACGCAGCCGCUUCGAUCCCAUCAGCAGCGGGAACGCGGGGAGCAUCCUUGACCACGUCAUGUCCCGUUUCGGGCGGCGGGGGACGGAUCACGUCGAAUUAAUCUCCGUCUUCUCGAGUCCGCUUGCGGGAACAGCGACGGCGGGGAGCAGAAGGCUUUCGACGCCUCGGCUGACGUUGUUGCAGAAGAGACGGAAACGGGACGCCAUGAUAAAGAGCAGCUACAGAAAAAGCUAA